GAUCAAUUCAUUCUCAACAAUUAAAACCUAUAGCCUCAUACGUCCUCUCUUUCUUCAACCUCCUAAGAGCUAAAGAGUAUUCACGAGAACUUCAUCAAGCACUAUGGAUUCCCAGAGCGCCAACAUCGAUGCUGUCAAUACCAGCAUCAACACCAACACGGACGACAGCGGCAGUAAUGACAUCGCCAACAACCGCAUCAAUACCAGUUCCGACUAUAGCAACACCGACUAUAAUAACGGUAGCAACGUCAACAGCAAUAAGACAGACACCUUCAACCAUGAGCGAGACAACAAGCGAGACAACCUCCGAUCAGGAACUGGCCAUUCUACCGAGACACCGACCACCGACAAUGACUUUGUUGAACGUGACUCUGCUCCACGCGAGUCUCUGAACCGUGAUGUUGAAAACCGGGAUGUUGAUCGCAAUGCCGUGAAUCGUGACUCCAACAUCGCCGACCGCAAAGAGAGCAUGCCAAAGACUGGCGUUGCUGGAGUGAUUGCAUCCAACUUUGGAGCCGACAAGACCACUACAUCCACCUUUGAGAAAUCGCAGGGUGAGAAAUUCGGUGCAAAUUUCGACGAGACUGGCGAAAAGCUCAGAGAGAAACUCGGCAACCUAGACUCCCAGGCUUCUGGCUCUGCUACUGGCGGUGGGGAAUACACCAUGGGCGGACAGCAAGGCAACAAGGCUGGCAUAGAUACAAACGUGCCACAUGGUUCUCACAACGGUACUCAUAAGGAGGGCUUUGGCCAUAAGAUGAUGGGCAAGGCUGAAGGAAUGAUGCACCUGCACCAUCACGACAAGACCGAGAGCCGUACUGAGGCUUAAUGAGAAGUAGAUAAAUGGGGCUGUCAACCGGCUUGACACACUACAGUUAUAAUGUACAUUUACUCUUCCCUUCAUGAAUGAUGUUAUUGGCUAAUGAAAGACGAAUUAUUUCUUACAUUUGAACAUGUGUAGCUUCGUAACGUAUUCAUCAUAAUAGGCCUAAGCCGAAUCCAAAGUGGAAUAACAGAAUACAAGUAAAAAGAACAGAAAAGACAAAGAUCCAUAUCAUAACACAUCAAUCAUCAAAUCAUAGCAAGUCUUCAAAUCAUUCACUGAUUCACCCACCUUGCCCUACACAUUGGACAAGUAGGUGGAUUGCUGUUUCUCGAACACGAUUCAAUCCAGGAAUCCAUACAU